AUGGAAUUAUCACCGCCUGUGAAGCCCCCCCGAGGGGUAAAACCAGUGAAAGAGACGAGUGGUCUUUUAAUGUCCGUUAUUCGUUCGCUAUCUGCAAGCGAAACCAACGAGCAAAGGGACAGGGAGAAAGCCAAAUUGGAGGCCGAUUACAAACUGUGCGACCAGAAGCUCGACGAACUCGUUUCAAAACACGAAAAUGAUCUAACGAAGGUAAUGCAAUUAUUCGGCUCAAUUUCACUCAUCGUAACCACAAACAGAGAACGAAUUAAAAGCGUGAAAGACAAUCUUCUGGAUUGCAAGAAGAAAUUGGGGUGUAAAAGAGACGAACUUAAGAAUUUGUGGCUGGAAGGUUUGGAGUACAAGCAUAUGUUACAAUUGAUCGAAGAAGUUCAAAAAAUGAACGAAGUUCCUAAUCAAUUGUCCGUGUACAUGGCUCGAAAACAGUAUUUACACGCAACUAAUUUACUAGUGGAGGCUGUAAAUUUAGGUAAAGGAACGCUAGAAGGAGUAGAAAGCCUCAAAGAACUCGGUCAGGAAUUAGAACAGAAGAAAGAGCAAUUACAUCUGCAACUCCUGUCGGAAUUGAAGCAACAUUUGUACGUAAAACCUUCGCAAUACAUUUUGGCCUUGAAAAGACAGGGAUCCGGUCAGGAUGGGUUUUUUAGAAGUUCGCCUCUGCAGAGAAGCAUGGAACUGAGAAGAUCGGGUCGAGGGAAAUCUUCAAUUUCCAAAAAUCUCUUCAACUCUUCGAGCAGCGGAAAAAGUUCCAUAUUUGGCGACGAUUUUUGCGUCGAAGAGAAAUUAGAUGUUACGAAUCCUGAAGAAAAUCGCAGUAAUUUCGUUGCCAUAUUAGUAAAAAGUUUAUGCUUAUUAGAUAAGUUAUCGUACGCUGUUAAAGAAGUAAUGCAAGAAAUGCAACUCUCGUUAGCCCAAAUAAUUGACAGAACGGCGAACAACAUUAAAAAUUUGGUAGAAAUAAGCGAUCAAAAGUUGAUAUUGAAGGAAUUGGUGCACAUUUUGUUUGAUCAGUACAAGGAAAUAUCCGAUUCGCAUUACGUGUUUAUGAUGUGCGUAGAACAAGCCAAAAAAGCCCAUAAAAUCGAAGUAGAAUUGUACGACACGCAAUAUUUUUGGUCGCAAGUUCAAACUGUGUUGAAAUCGUUUUUAACUGAAUAUUUAGACAUUCAGUACAUGUCGAGCGAUAUGCAGCUUAGUGAUAUUAACAAAGUCAACGAUAUUUCAUCUUAUUUUUCGAGACGAAAACAAUCCACGAAGAAAAACGUUUUGUUCAAGUUCGAAGGUUCAUCCAGUGCUUUAAGUUUAAGUAAUACUUUAAAAUCCGUACAAAAGAAGAAGGUGUUCGUGUGCCCCCCGCAUCCGAACAACAUUCUAAUCGUUUUCGUUCCGUUCGUCUGCUUUUUGGACGAUUUAGAUCAAUCCGUGGGAGUUAAAAAGCAAGGAAAUUGUAAUUUGCACCAGUUCCUGACGGAUUACGUUUCGAACGUGUACCUAAAGCGAAAAUCCACCGAAAUUUUAGACCAAAUCGAAUCGGCUAUAAGAAUGUCGGAUGCUUGGAAAGCGACCGUUUUACUAGAUCUAACAUCGGAUUACAAACCUUUAUUAGUCAGUACAGUAACGGUGGAAAGAUGCAUCAGAGAAUGGAAGGCGGUGCUGAAAGCCCUGCCGUUGUACAGCGAAAAAAUCGCCGAGUACUCCUACAAAUCCCUCAAAGAGUACAAGGAAACCUGUGAUACGGCCUACCGAAGGAUCGUCCAACCCCAAACCGACGACGGCCGGAAGAUAUGCAGCGCCGCCUGGCUCAAAGACGACGACAUCAGCAGGUUUCUAAAGUCCCUGCCCAAUUGGCUGAACCUCAAGGCGCAGCAGGAGCACCGGGCGCGCGGCGAGCGCAACAAGAAGCUGCUGAAGCGCGAACACCCCUCCGAAGAGGAGAGCCCCGAGGACGUGCGCAUGCGCAACCGCAGGGAGGCCGAAAUGCUGGCUAGCAACCUCGGCGAAGGAGGCGUCGCCGCGGGGGAGUUCAUAUCCGACAUGAACUCGUUGAAGGAGCUCGCCCAAUUGCAGGAGAGCAUGGAAUGGUUUUCGGUUCGGAUGUUCCAAUAUACGAGCGAGUUCAGGCAAGAGCCGUCCGGUCUGUCGCCGCCGCAACAAACUAAAGACAAUAACAAUCACGUCGAGCAGCCGCUGUCGGUGUCGGCGUCGACGUUGCAGCAUCUCACGAGCAUCGCGCAGGAAUUCGACGAAUUAGCCAACACGUGCCUUUUGCUGUUGCAUUUGGAGGUGCGCGUGCAGUGUUUCUACUACCUGCUGGCGCAGACGCACUACAACAAGGAGACGCACGAGCCCGAUCCCAAGGUGCUCGAGCUCAGCCGGGUGCUGGCCAACGUGGACGAGGCCAUGGCGAAUAGCCUGCAUCCCAGGAAAUGCAAGUAUAUAUUCGAAGGAUUGGGUCAUCUAAUAGCGAAAAUACUCAUAAGUUCCGCCCAAUACAUGAACGUUAUAGACGAAGGAGGUAUCCAAAGAAUGUGCAGGAAUAUAUUUACUCUGCAACAAACCCUGACUAACAUCACCAUGACGAGGGAAUUGGCUUUGGAUCACGCCCGGCAUUACUUCGAAUUGUUCUUUUUAACACCCGAGGAAAUUUUGAACGGUAUAGUGGAUAAGGGACCGGAGUUUUCCGAGCUGGAAUACAUGAACGCGUUCCAGCUAUUGAACCGGAGCAAAUCGGAUAGAGAAUUGGGCUCGGUGACGAUCCAUCUGGAACGCUUGACGGAAAUCCUCGGGGAGGUCGGCAUAACGGUGUGA